AAUUUGAUUGAGAUUACACUCUGUUGCAUUUCAAUGUGUUACGAAUGUAUAUAAUUAUUUAAAAAAAUAUAUAUUCUAAUUACUGUACUUGUUAGUAACUCUCCCAUUACAGGUUUGGUUCAAUCAGGUAUAUUUUACUCUUUAACCCUUACCCUAAUGUUAUAGUCAUGAUUGAAAAAACCUUCUUUUCUUUAUAUUUAAGAUAUACCGGUACUUUCUAUGGAAUAAAGGACCUUUUUGCUAUUGUGAGGGGAGUUCUAUAAUUUUAUGUUAAUAAUGAAUGACGUUCUUUCUUACUUCCACGUUAAUAAUAAUGACAUCUUGUAAGGCGCACAUAUCCAUCUUAGUGAGCUGCUCUCGGCGCCAUUUGCAGCUCUUUUUGAAUUUUCCUAUAUUUUAUUUAAUUUAUUUUUGUUGAAAUAAUAUUUCUUAUGUAAAUAUUUAUUAUCAACUUAAUUAGUGAGGAAAAUCAGGCAAAGACAAGUGCAAAAAUCUCCCCCAGGGGUCAUUAAUCCAUCAUCCAAUUUGUAUAACUUACAUUUUCUCCUAAUUAUAUAAUACGCAUUACUAACAGAGCCUCCUGCGGGCCCAGAGGAUAUACAGGCAAUAAUAAGCCAAAAUGCAACAAACGAUAUUCCAGGAGAAAUUGAUGUUAGCUUCGGUAAACAAAGAGGAGGAGUAAUUAUACAUUACAAGGUACAAAUCAUUGAUGGCGACGGAGAUGUACUUGGAAAUACCACCACAGUUGGUAUGUUACCUGCAACUGUGACAGGUGGAUUCCCUUGUGAAUCUGUAACACCACAAGUGGCAGCAUGCACAUCAGCAGGAUGUGGUUUAUUUGCAAGUGGUCCCAACAUUACGAUGAAUCCUGCAGCUCCUGGUGAAGUAUCUGUGAAUGUAAAAGGUGUGCCAUCGAGAUCGAAAAAACUGUCCAUAUCUUGGUCAGCACCUGAGGUGGUCCAUUGCCCAAUAGUUGAGUACAAGAUAGAAUAUAAACUUACCCAUCUUGAUCAGUGUCAGGACCAAAGUAAUGAAUUUGAAGUCAAGAUUGUGAACCAUACAAAAACACAAGACAUCUUAACAAAACUUAUACCAUUUAGUACUUAUGACGUAGUCGUUUCAGCUGGAGUAGAUGGUAUGAAUGGUAAAACAAUUUUCACUCCUGGUCGGACUGGUUUUGGGCUCACAACAUCAGCAGAUGCUACUGCACCACCAAAUAAUAUAAUUAACCACAAAACAGAGGAUGCACGAUCACUGAAUUAUACAUGGGAAGAAAUUCCAUGUGGUCAUAGGAGAGGUGCUGUAGAAAGGUACAACUAUAAUCUAAAAAUAGGUUCCCGUAUUGUAAGACAAGGUGUUGUCAGGCCCAGAACUGUGAGGAUCAGAGGCCUGGUUCCUUGUACCUCAUACACAUUCAUGGUGAGUGGCAGAGGCCCUAAAGCCCAAAGCAGUGACAGUAUUAAAUCAAGAACAAAUGUUGAAGUCCCAGAGAGCGUAGAAAAUAUCACCGUCCUUGAAACUACCUUGGUAUGGGACAGACCUCCACCUUUGACUUGUGACAUUUUGAAAUAUCACAUUCACGCAAUUUUGAUUGAAAAGGAUCAGUGUCAACAAGUUGGUAGAAAUGAAUAUUUUACAGUAGAAGAUGCUGAGGUAAAUUUGUUAAUUUUGAAACCACAUUCAAGGUAUCGCGUCACUAUCAGCGCUGAAACAGAUGCAGGGCUUGGUCCGGCAACUGCUCUGGAAUUUAUAACGCCUCAAAAAGUUCCUAAACGUGGCCCAAAAGAAGUUAAUGUUACCGCUGUGUCAGCCACAGGAGCCAGUUUUGCAUGGUCUCAAGUAGAGUGUGGUUAUAGAAGAGGUCUAGUCAUAGGCUACAAAUUCAGCUUGCAAAAUGCAGAUGGCCACGAACUUUUCAGUAACGUUGUGACAACUGAGCUUCAGUGCGAAUUUGACGACCUAAAGCCAUUUACUGAAUACGUUUUCAGUGUAAAGGCUUUCAAUUCUAAAGGUGAUGGAAUAAGCAAAGAAUUACAUAUAACAACAGACGAAUCAAAUUCCAUAAUUCUAAGAAAAAAAAGAAGACGGAGCAUUCCAAGGUGAUAAAGUUGGAAUCACUUUGUGAGGAUUCAGCUUAUGAAGAGUUACACACGUACAUGUCAAUAGAGGAAGUAUACAGUAACCUGCCGUUGUAGUUUAAUAAUACCAGGCCUAAAGGUUAGUUAAUUUUAGUCUGUACAGUUUAUUAUGGCAAACCAUCAGUUGAACAUGGGGUUCCACUUUGGCAUCAGUGGCUAUUCUAAAGUGCAAUCCUAUAAUAUAAUAUAAUUGAAGAAAAAAUCAUAACUAACCUCUUUAAAUGCAUAGAAAAGAAUUGUUUAGUUAAGAAAUCUUGUUUUCUUUUUUGAUAAUUUAGGUUCUACUAAAACAGAAGAGCAAGAUAACACAAAAGUUAAGUUUGACAUUUUUCUGUCAUGUUGAAAUUCAAGAUGGCCGCUUUCAAAAUGUUAAAAAUUCGAAUAUUUCAGUAUAAUUCCACAUCUCCUUUAUGUAAAGAGGUAAAUUUUGAUGUAAUCUUUUGUUUUUGGGCUCUUUGAAGAGCCCAAAAAAACAUAGUUUCAAAAGCUAGGAUGGCAGCCAUUUUGAAAUUCAAAUUCAAGAUAUAAGCCGCCACAAAAUCCUUAAAAAUCAAAUAUUUUGGUAUGUAAUUUCAUUUCUCUUCGAUGAAAAAUGCUAAAUUUGGUGUUUAAACAUAUGUUAUUGGGCUCGCUGAGUCCAAUAUACAUGGUUUCAUAAAUCUAGGAUGGCAACCAUUUUAAAAUUCAAGAUGGCCACUAUAAAAACCAUCGAGAAUUGAA